AUGCGCAUCUGCGUUUCGCUGCUCGCAGUAGCGGCUCUGGCGCUAGCCGCCGGUAAGGAUUCCGAAGCGCUCGAUAGUUCGAUAGUCCAGGAAAUGUUGCAGAGCCCGCGAAUCCCUGCAAGCGGCAGCCGUUCCGCGGCCGGUGUCCUUCCACCAAUGGCGAGGCUCCGAAACGUUCGCAGUUCGUCCUGAGGUACUACAUGCGUGGCGGCGAGUGUGUCAGCUAUCCUUUCGGUUCGUUAAAUCUACUGAGUUUUUUUCCCAAAUUGAAGCUCGAAUUUUUCCUCUCCAUGCCUUUUUUUGUUUUUUUAUUUUUUUAAAAAAAUUGAAAGAAAUGUGAUCGAAUCUUCCUUUUUGACAUGAAAAAAAUAAAGAUGAAACCACUUUUUCGGUUUCUAUUUUCGAGGAGUGUAUGAUUUUUUUAUUCUAAACUGUUUCUAUUAUCAAACAGACAAUUCAUAUUUUCUCAAGUCCUGGCAAUUUUAGUACGAUUUUCUCUCUUUUUGUUUUAUCCUCAAGUGCUUCCUUUGCUCUCUGUAUUACAGUUAAAAUCAAAGAUCAAUUUUUUUUUCAAUCCGUGAAAUCUUGAGAUGAGAUCUAAGCAAAGCGAGAGUCAAUCAAUUUUGUUGCGAAACGAAUUUGUGGAAAAAUGAACCCGAAUUCCUCGGAGAUAACGCAACCGCCGACCUUUUUUGUGUGUGGAUGAUAUCUCUGCGCAGGUCUCACUUUCGACAACUUAAGUGUCAGGAGGAGAAAAAUUCUGUGACCCAAUUCUGACAAUGCGGAAUGCGAGCGAAAACUCAGUCCGGGGGCAUUCCACAGAAAGAACUGCUUAGCGGCUGGCGGUGACCGCUAGGAUUACUCAUCUUGUUCAGAGGAUGAUAAAUGAAGGCAAUUAGGGCUGAAACCGAAAUGCAUUAAUUAACAGAAGGAUCACUUUUUGUCAAAGCUGUAGCAUAAUUCAAAGAGUUAUUUUUGGUCCAACAAAUCAUAGCUGAAAGAAUAAAAGUUUGAAGAUUUCUGCCAAAAACAAUUUAAUGUUUUUGGACUUCGCCUUGAAGUUUCUUUUAUUUUUAGUUUGCGCCUUUUUUUAUCAAAUGCUCUGAACUGAUUUUAUCUCGACUAAGAGUUUUUCCAAGAAGUGGGAGCUUACUUUUGCUUCAUCAAAUUCGAUUAGUUAAGACUUUUGUCAGCUGAAGGCUAUUACUUCUUCUUCUUCUUCUUACGCCUUUGUACCGCUUGAGCGGCGUCGGCGCCCCAAGUCGAUUAGCCGAGGUCCUAUCCUGAUAUCAGUGGACUGGCUCCAGUGACAUAUCCGUCCUUGUGGGUGACUUCUACGGGAUUAUGAAGCCGUGGUUUCCCACUACCAAUAUUUUUUAAACCCCUUGGUUGGGUCGGGGAUCGAACUUGUGACCCUGUGGACCAUAGACAGGCACACAACCUGUUGCGCUACGGCGCGCCCCAGCUGAAGGCUAUUACCUUAUUAACAAAAAUGUCAAGCUACAAUAAAAGAUGAAUUAUAUGGAUAAUAGUUAUUAAAUGGAUUUGUAGGACACUGCGCCAACGAUCCUGAAGAGCCUAAGCUUUACCGAUACAAGGAAGAAUGCGAGGACGCCUGCAUUUCCAAUGCGCCGGCAAAUCUCGGAUCUGCCAAGGACGGCGUUCCAGAAGCUACCUAUGCGACGCCAAAAACCGCAGACAAGGUUGGUUUUUUUCUUGUUGCACGUCUAGCACGACCAUUUUGCAUGAUUCGCAUGUUUUUUCUCAACAGGUUGUUCCAAUCGCUCAAACUUACCAUGAGCCGUCCUCCUCCUCUUCCACCACAACUACGACCACAACUACGACCACGACUACAGAAAAGCCCACGACUACUACCGAGCCUGUCACUACUACGGAGGAAGUGAAACAGGAAAUCGAAGAAGAAGAAAAAGUUACGACGACUGCUGAACCGACAAACCAAGCAUGUUGA